AUGAAGAAUUUAUCUUUUUCUGUUGAAACUAGAAGUGAUAAAGCUAUCUCUUUUGAGGAAAGUUUAUUUAUUGCAGAGGAACAAACUCAGGUGGAGAUAAUUCCAAACAUAAAAAUGGGAAAAAAGUUAAUAUUUUCAGUUGAAAUUGGCCCAUUUGUGCCUUAUCAGAAAAGCAAAGUACCAUUAUGGAUUGCAAAAUACUUGGAUUCUAAAAACUUAUGUAAACUGAUACCUCCAAAUUGGCUCACUCAAGAGGGACUGAGAAAACUACUUAUGGAUGAAGACAAACUUGGACAAGAGUCAUUUUGCUUUAUUGACUUCUAUUACUAUCAAAUUGCAAAUAUUUACUUCCAACUCAGAAAUGAUCCUUUUAAUGGAAAAAAGAAUAAAGUGAAAAAGCUUUUUCAAGAUCUACUUAAUAGAAGACAAGCUAAACUUAAAGCAAACUAUAAACAUCUAACUCUUCCUAAAGCCUUAGAUGUCACAAAUCUAGGACUUAUUGAGCUUAAUUUUGGCUCCAACGAAUGUUUUCACACCCUUUCCGAUCUACAAAAUCUGUGGAUGAAUACUAUUCCCAUAAAUUCUACUACUCAAAUGCAAACUCAACAGUAUUCCUCUCAAGAAGAUGACUAUAAUAGCAAUCACCAUUAUGUUGACUAA